AUGGUGAAAGCAUUGAAAGAAGUGGCCGGCUUCCUGGCACUGCCAGUGACCCUGCGAUCCUCCCUUGCGACGUCCGAAGAUGCCAAACACUACCUGUAUCUCAAACCCCACGACCCCAAAGCCGCAGACGAAGAUGCUGCGAGAUCUCUGUUCCUAGUCAAUAUCCCAGUCACAACCACCGACGCGCACCUGAGACAUCUCUUUGCGACUCAGCUGGCUGCUGGGCGUGUUGAGCAGGUACACUUCUCGGACCAAGGCUCAAAUCGUCCGGUCAUUGCUGCUGAAUCAAGAGGCCGGAAGAGAAAGCGCAUGACCGCUGACGAGAUCGAAGCUGGGCUCGACCAACACCACUUGCCCAAUGUAUACGAACAAGACUUGCGGCAAACCGGCGCCACGGCGAUUGUGGUACUUGUUGACCGACCGAGCAUGGAGUUGACUCUCAAGGCGGCGAAAAAGGCAGUCAGAACUGGGCAAAACAUAGUAUGGGGUGAAGGGAUCGAGAACAAGAUCCCCGCUUUGGGACUUCGGCGAUAUGAACGAGCAAACCAGAUGAGGUACCCCUCACGGCGCGAGCUGCUCAGAUCUGUCGAUGGCUACAUGACGGCCUACGCCCAGAUGGAGGAAGCACGGGCGCAGGAGAACGCCCACAAACGCCAGAUGCCCGACGAAGACGGCUUCGUGACCGUCGUCCGAGGCUCCAAGGGCGGCGUACGAACGGAAGACGCCAAAGAUCUCGGCGACAAGCAAAAGGCCAAGGACCAGAGUCGCAGUCUCGAGGAUUUCUACCGUUUCCAGAUGCGGCAGAAGAGGAAGGAAGAGCAACAGCAGCUGCUCAAAGAUUUUGAGAACGACAAGCGCAAGGUGGAGGAAAUGCGGAGGAGACGCGGUAAAUUGAGGCCUGACUGA